AUGUCAACCUCGCCAUCUUCGCUCCUUGGCCUAAAUCCCAAGAAAGCUACUUCAUCAACUGACUUGACUGAUGCAUGCAGUAGCUUAGAUGAUAUUCUGCCCAAUGGCAAGCGUGCAUUGCUUUCAGAAGAAAAGGCUGUGAAAAAUGAAGCUAACGAACAUGGGGAAAAUGACCAAGAAAGCCUAAACGUUGAAAAUUUUGUAACUUGUGAUGACGAUAAAGCUUCUGAAGAGAUAGUAGAUUGUCGAAUACCCUCACCAAAUGAGGCAAUUAGAAAGAUCGAAACUCGUUCCGAAAAGCUUUCUAGUGCCUUGUCACAAGAUUUGCUAAUAAAUGACUCGGAUAAUGUUAAAUUGUCAACGGAUUCAUCUGGGUAUAGACCGACAAAAACAAAAACGGGGCAAACAAAAUGCAGAUACCAUGCCGAAAAGGACUUGACUCAUCUCUCGACUGAACAGGCCAACGUCUUUAACUCUACAUCAGAGGUAGCAUGUACUCAGCCUGAGGGUAUAUCACCAUGUGAGCCUUUUUUACCUUAG